AUGAAAUCAUAUAAUGGCUUUAACUUUAAAGUUAUAAAUUUGAAUGAUGAAAAUAGUAAUAGUUCUGGAGUUGAACUCAAUGAAUCUAAUUUAAAUAGUCCAAAAAUACUCAAUGGUAACAACAUUGAUGAAAAUGGACAAAAUAUAAAUAAAUUAGAAUUGUUGGAUGAUAACCAUAAUGAGAACGCUAAUGAAGAAAAAUGUCUUGUUGCUCGUCACCUAAAAGAAGUAUCAAAAUCUUCAAUUGAUGUCAAUGACACGGUCAUAAACGAAUUUGCUGCUAUUGAUGCUUCAGUUCUUAUAACUGAAUCUUCUCAAACUAAUUUGUUCCCGAUUUUCAUAAAUGAAACUCCUCUACUUAGUCGAACUAUUUGUUCUAGUGAAGAAAAGAGUACGCAGCGAAAGGAAGAAGAUUUAUGGAUAAUAUUCAAUUCCAGAUUUUUAGGAGAACCAGAAGAUGAAGCGGAAUAUGACAAAUACCAUAAAGCCAAGGUUAUUUUUAAGUAUAAGAGCUCAAAAAAUGAAAAAGUUAUUUUUAAAGAUAUUGAAGAACGUAUAGUUGUAAUUUCUGGAUCAGAUACUAAAUUGUUAUGUUCAAAAGCUUUAGAGGUGAUGUUAUAUGUUGAUAAAGAACUUGGACGUUAUACAGAAUGUUCUGUUCUGCCCACAACUAAAAAAGUUCACUUCUAUAUAAAAAAAAGACAAGUGAUUGGAUGCCUAGUAAUAGAUCUCAUAUCGCGGGCUUAUCGUAAUCUGGAAACUGAAACAGAAGACAUGGUUGCUGUAUCCAAAGAAUCUUAUCCCGUGAAAGCAGGUGUUAACAGUAUAUGGACAAAAUGGGACUGUCACAAUACUGGAAUUGCAAGAAAACUGCUUGACUAUUUCCUCGUUCACAGUACAAGCUCAGGCAAACGGUUUAUUAAAAAGUACACAAACAGAAAUGAUUUUUUAGUUUAUACUGGAUAG